AUGGAUAUAUCCCUGGCAUUGUUUUUAUUCUCAGCUGUCACCUGCUACCUCCUAUGGUUCACCUUCAUCUCCAAAUCCCUCAAGGGCCCGCGCGUGUGGCCCGUUCUCGGCAGCCUCCCGGGCCUCAUUGAGAAUGCCGACCGAAUGCACGACUGGAUCUCCGACAACCUCCGAGCAUGCGGCGGGACCUACCAAACCUGCAUCUGUGCCGUACCCUUCCUUGCCCGUAAGCAAGGCCUCGUGACCGUGACCUGCGAUCCAAAAAACCUCGAGCAUAUACUCAAAACCCGGUUCGACAACUACCCCAAGGGACCCACCUGGCAGGCCGUUUUCCACGAUCUCCUCGGCCAGGGCAUCUUCAACUCCGACGGCGACACCUGGCUCUUCCAGCGAAAAACGGCCGCCCUCGAGUUCACGACCCGAACCCUCCGCCAAGCCAUGGCCCGAUGGGUCAACCGCUCCAUCCACGACCGUCUCUGCCCAAUCCUCGACUCGGCCCGUCUCCAGGCCCGGCCCAUCGACCUCCAGGACCUCCUCCUCCGCCUCACGUUCGACAAUAUAUGUGGUCUGGCGUUUGGUCGGGACCCACAUACUCUAGCCCCUGGCCUGCCGGUGAAUGCCUUUGCCUCGGCCUUUGACCGGGCCACUGAGGCCUCCUUACAGAGAUUCAUCCUCCCCGAAAUCAUAUGGAAACUGAAGAAAUGGCUCCGGCUCGGAAUGGAGGUUUCUUUGAGCCGCAGCCUUGUCCAGCAUGUGGCGCUCAACUUCAUACUCGCGGGUCGGGACACUUCAUCGGUUGCCCUCAGCUGGUUCUUCUGGCUCGUAAUCCAGAACCCACGAGUCGAGAGUGAAAUCCUCAAGGAGAUUUGCUCGGUACUCGUCGAGACACGCGGGGACCAAGAUGUAUCGGCAUGGGCCCACGAGCCGCUCGGGUUCGAGGAGGUCGACCGUCUCGUCUACUUAAAAGCUGCACUUUCCGAGACGCUGCGGUUGUACCCUUCGGUACCAGAGGACUCGAAGCAUGUCGUGGCCGAUGAUGUUUUGCCGGACGGGACUUUUGUGCCGGCAGGUUCGGCGAUCACAUACUCGAUAUACUCCGCGGGUCGGAUGAGGUCGGCGUGGGGGGAGGAUUGCAUGGAGUUCAGGCCGGAGAGGUGGCUUUCGCCGGACGGUAAGAGGUUCGUGGGCCACGACUCGUACAGGUUUGUGGCGUUUAAUGCGGGCCCGCGGGUGUGCCUCGGGAGGGAUUUGGCGUACCUGCAGAUGAAGUCGGUGGCGGCGGCGGUUUUGCUCCGGCACCGGCUGGCGGUGGCGGAGGGCCACAGGGUGGAGCAGAAGAUGUCGCUGACGCUGUUUAUGAAGGAGGGGCUGUGGGUGGAGGUUUAUGAGAGGGAUUUGAAGGGGGUGGUGGAGAGUGUUAAAGGUAAGUCAGAAGUGUAA